UACAGCGACGGUCACACUGCGCCCCCAGUUUGUACAAAAAUUUUGUACGCCAAAUAAACGGAAAUUGUUCUUAACAAAUCGAUAAUUGCAAACGCAGUGCCGUUUCAAUUGCAGCCGAGUCGUAAAAAAUGUUGGUCAACGAAGCUAGGCAACUUCUGAGCCGCGUCGGCUCCGUGGCGGCACGUCACCAGUUGCGAGCUAUCAGCAAUGGCACCGCACAGCUGGAGCAGCAGGCGCAGCCCAAGGAGGCCAAGGAGCCACAGGUGAAGAAGUUUGAGAUCUACCGCUGGAACCCGGACAACGCCGGCGAGAAGCCCUAUAUGCAGACGUACGAAGUGGAUCUCCGCGAGUGCGGACCCAUGGUGCUGGAUGCCCUCAUCAAGAUCAAGAACGAACUUGACCCCACGCUCACCUUCCGUCGCUCGUGUCGCGAAGGCAUCUGUGGCUCCUGCGCCAUGAACAUCGGCGGCACCAACACCCUGGCCUGCAUCAGCAAGAUCGACACCAACACCUCCAAGUCGCUCAAGGUGUACCCGCUGCCGCACAUGUACGUGGUGCGCGAUCUGGUGCCGGACAUGAACAACUUUUACGAGCAGUAUCGCAACAUUCAGCCCUGGCUGCAGCGCAAGAACGAGGCCAGUGAGCAGAAGGGCAAGGCUCAGUAUUUGCAGUCCGUUGAGGACCGUUCCAAGCUGGACGGCCUGUACGAGUGCAUCCUGUGCGCCUGCUGCUCCACCUCGUGCCCCUCGUACUGGUGGAACGCCGAGAAGUACCUGGGCCCCGCCGUGCUUAUGCAGGCCUAUCGCUGGAUCAUCGACUCUCGCGACGAGAACGCCGCUGAGCGUCUGGGCAAGUUAAAGGACCCAUUCAGCGUCUAUCGGUGCCACACCAUCAUGAACUGCACGCGCACGUGCCCCAAGGGCUUGAAUCCCGGUCGCGCUAUUGCCGAGAUCAAGAAGCUGCUCUCGGGCCUGGCCUCAAAGCCGGCUCCCAAGUUGGAGACAGCGGCACUGCACAAGUAGAGAUGUUUCCCGCUCUACUUUCCAGUUCGUGCUUUCCCCUUUUUUCCUUUAGCAGUUGCCACGCGUCCGCAAACCUGUAGAAAGGAACAACAGCUCCAGUGCUAGAACUCCAGGAACCUUGCUUACUAUGUUUUAGUUUAUUUAAGCCUAAAGUAAACGACACUUGUUAUUACAGUUUGUAAAGGGAUCGAUGUGUGACGCGAGAAUAAAUAACUAAUUGUGUAUCCACCA